AUGUCGCGGCUUGCACAACUGCUGACGCGGUUCCGGCUGCCCCUGGAGACGACCUCGGCUGAGCUGCGCAAAGCCUACUACAGGGAGGCGAAGUUGCUGCAUCCGGAUCGAAAUCCGAGCAGCAGCGGUGCACAGGCCUUCGCACAAUUGCGUGCCGACUUCGAGGAGGCCCAGAAGCUCCUUGAAGAGCCACAGCGCGGCCCCGGCCCUCCCCAUCCAGAUGGGCCAGACUUCUCUUUCGAGGACGGCAAGCGCUGGUCGGCCGCCUCCUGGGCCGCGCGGUCCCAGGCGCCUCCGAAGUUCCGGGGCUUUCGUGAAUCCUCCGAAUCCCGGCCGGAGCCGGCCGUGCCGGUGGUGGGGCUGCCGCACGAGGUGGUGUACACCUUCACAGCCGUCGUCUCGGGCGCCAUCCUUUUCGGAUUCCUCUACCACCUCUCGCAGGAGCUCUCGCCUCCCCGGCGUUACUGCCAGCACGCUGUGCUCCUGCAAAAUGCAAACGGACGCAGUCCACACCUGCGCGUGGCGCUCGAGAACUUCAGCAAGGCCGAAGGUGUUGCAGCCGCCGCCACACCGUUUGCUGCGCAGGCGGCGCACCGGGCGGCUGCAGCCAACGAGGUCAGCUGGCUGGAGCAUUGCGGAACGGACAAAGCAUGCCGACCGCUGCUCUUCGCCGGGGAUGAACGCGACGACACGCCGCUGCACCAUGGAGCCCGGGCGGGUCGCACCGAGGCCGUCUCCGCUCUCAUCCGGCUUGGUGCUGACCCUGCUCGGCUGAAUCGGUUUGGCUUGGCGCCGGAGCAUCUCGCAGCGCAGCUGGGCCACAAGGAUACGGCCUUCGUCCUCCGCUCCGUGCGCGCCGCGCGCGACGGGCGCGACGGGGACCCUGCGGCCCAAGCGGCCGCGAAGCGGGCGAUGAGGCACCCCGACGACUUGGGCCACUUUGUCCAGGAACCUCAGGCUCUGAGCCCGACGGCAGCUCAAAGCUUGCGGUGCGCCGCCAAGAUGAGGGGUGAUCCGGAGCAGGCGCUCUGCUCGGUGCGGGACUGGGAACCUUCGGUGGUGCCGGUGGCGCGUGAGAGGGCCUGGGUCGAGCGUUGGGCACAGGCUGCCGUGCAAGGCCAGCGAGGCCUGCUAGUCUACGAGAUGUUUUUGGGCGGCCCGGGCCACUGGAUCGCCCUGGUGUCCGAGGAGUCCGGCGUGCUGCGCCUGGACCCUCGCCGCGGCACGCGAGCGCCCCAGAUCCAGUCUGAAGCGCAAGCAGCGACCAUGCUAGGAAGCCACGGACCUUGUGCUAUGUUUCGACCCCGCUGA